GACACAGUGAGACACACAUAUAUUUUUUUUGCUCCUAUUUAUUAUUCUUUAUUAAUCUUAUUCUAGAAUAUUUUAAUGUUUUGACCGACCCAGUUGCUUUAUAGACCCCCCUUUACUCACUAAUAACUGUUUUCAAGUCAUUUACGCUACUCUUUAACUUUCACUUUUGACCCCGCACUUCAUCACCAUGGAUGCUAAACUAGCACUGAACCUGGAAGAGUUGGAAUCCCUCUUCACUACAAAGAUGGCUGCUUAUGAAGCAAAGUUGGCAUCCGCUACCGCUGGCUCCUCCUCCUCUGCUGCUUCAACACCAGUUGCAAGUCUAACCUCACUCUCGCAAGAAUUUAGUGACUUCAAAAGCUUUGUUAUGCAAGCUCUUUCAAAGUUCAAAACUCAAUUGGAGUUACUUUCACAAGGUUUUGACAGGCAUGAAACUAUUAUGCGGCGCAAGGUGCUUUUAAUCCAUGGAGUCCCUGAAGCUAAAGAUGAGAAGGUCCCUGAUGUUGUCUCUCAAGUAUUCCAUGACAGCUUGAAGUUGAACGAGCUCUCCAGGGAGAACAUCCAUGUGUGCCACCGGUUAGGAUCAGGCAAGCGUUCCAGGCCAAUACUUGUCAGGUUUUUCACCACCGAGCAUCGCCAACUUGUUUGGGAUGCCAAGAAAUCACUUAAAGGUACCGGUUACACUAUAUCUGAAUUCUUGACUCGUAUGCGACACCAAACCUUCGUUGCCGCACGCAAACAUUUUGGAAUGUCUAAUUGCUGGUCGAGUGAGGGCAAGAUAUUAAUCAUCACUCCUGACAAGUCUCGUCACAAAUUAGAAAGCAUGGAUGAACUUCAAAAACUUCUUUCUAAAUAUCCCCUGAGCAACGAUGUCCUUGCGCAGCCGGCAGUUCCAACUUCGCCUCAGCCUGCUCCAUUGUCUUCCGAGCCCGCUACACCCGUUGUCAACAAGCUCCAAAGAAGGUUAAAGCGUCGCAAUUAAGUAGUUUUAUAAUCAUGCAUGUUUAUCUAUAGUAUCCGUUCUGACUUUGCUGCUUUGCACCUCUUUUUACUGCUGCAUCAUAGCUUACUCUUAUAUAACUUUUUGUUUCAACCACCGUCUUGCACUUAUUUUAUUUCCUUUCGUUGAUACCUUCAUUUUUAUUACAUUAUUAUUAUAAAUUAGUCGGUAA